GUAAGAGCAGCUGAGCAUAGCUGAGUAGAAGAAUAAAAAUGGCUUCUUGGACGAAGUUCGCUCGCCCCUUUUCCAGAAAAUAUUCGACGGCCGGUCCUAAAUUCAACUUAAAUGAUACUCAUGGCGUUACAGAACAAACGCAAUUGAUGUGGAAGAGGCUCUCGUAUUUCGUAGGCUUUCCAGUGAUACUUCUGGCUAUGGUUAAUAGCUAUUUGAAUCAUCAGGCACAUCAUAAUGAUGAACGUCCAGAAUUUGUUGCAUACCCACACUUAAGGAUAAGAACCAAGAAAUUUCCAUGGGGAGAUGGUAAUCACAGCCUUUUUCAUAAUCCUAAAAUGAAUGCUUUGCCCGAUGGUUACGAAGAAUAAGAAGUAAUGCCCGAUGGUAAUAAUUCUAGAUGGUAAUAAUUAUGCUUCACAUUAGCAUUCUUUAUAACAUGUAUUAUAAGAUAUAUGUAUUAUAUUGGCUUAUGAAUAAUUGAGUCAAUAAAUGAUAGAAAUAUUACAUUUA